AUGUAUGGCGUAAGUUGCCCGCGCGCUCCCCGCGCGAACCAGCCCGCGCUCGCCAACGCGUCCACCCCACACCCGCGUUACUACUAUGGACACUCAAAGAAAGAUUUUACGUUUGAGUACGUCGCGCCCCGCCCACCCCGCACCCGUGUGGCUACUAUGUACACUCAAAGAAAGACGUCGUUUGAGUACGUCGCACCCCGCCCACCCCGCACCCGCGUGGCUACUAUGGACACUCAAAGGAAGACUACGUUUGAGUACGUCGCGCCCCGCCCACCCCGCACCCGCGUGGCUACUAUGGACACUCAAAGGAAGACCACGUUUGAAUACGUCGCGCCCCGCCCACCCCGCACCCGCGUGGCUACUACGGACACUCAAAGGAAGACUACGUUUGAGUACGUCGCGCCCCGCCUACCCCGCACCUGCGUGGCUACUAUGGACACUCAAAGAAAGAUUUUACGUUUGAGUACGUCGUGCCGCGCCCGCCCCGCAUCCGCGUUUCUACUAUAG